UGAGCUAUGUGUCUUAUGGAGGUUCGCUUGGGCCCUGGUGUGGCAACGGCCACUACAGUGAAAACGUACGUUAGGCCGUCGCUACUGCGGCCAGUUUGUGUCCGUUCAGCUAACGGAAGUGAUCAUGCCGUUGGUCGGAACUUCUACUCUGGUUGCUGCUUUGUUCGUGUAAACCAGCUGCACUUGGUCCACAAUUUCAGGAGGGUAGCCUGGUCAAUAAGGAGCAACAUAGAUGGCAGUGAAUUGGAUCCUUCAUCUGCAAAUAGCGCCAACAGCAGCACCAGAUUGAUCAGGGCAAUUCAGUCUGUUCAGGCUAAGCUGGAUGCUAACCUUCAAGAGCUAAGGAAAAAUCUUCCUCUGAAACUACUCUUCUUCUUGGUAGGUUUCUACUGUGCCACCGCGUUUGCCACUGUUAUUGGGCAGACAGGCGAUUGGGACAUUUUAUCUGCUGCCUUGGCUGUGGUUGUUGUAGAGGGGAUUGGGGCUCUGAUGUAUAGGGGAUCUCUUCGAUUACUCAACAAGAUUAGGAGCCUAAUCACUCUGUUUAAUUACUGGAAGGCUGGGCUUUCCUUGGGUCUUUUCUUGGAUUCAUUCAAGUAUGAAGUGGAUAACAAUAUUAUGGACUUAAGUAAUCUCUUCAAUUUUGAAAUUGAUACAUUCCCCACAUUCUUGUAA